GAAUAGUACAACCGGGGUGAAAAUAGGAAGUGACAGCGGGAGGUGUGACAAUGUGUGAAAUAUAUAAAGCUGAGAGCUGAAGGCUUGGACGAUCAGAGCGCUGCUUUCGAACGUCACAUUCACCGGGAACUACAAGGAGCACAAGAUGACGACUCCUACCACUAACUUUAUGACUGUUGGAAAUAACAGCCCUGCCAAGACAUUCCUUGACUCAGAUUUUCGUUACACUCUCUUUCCUAUAUUCUAUGGACUGGUCUUUCCCUUGGGGUUGAUUGCCAACUGCUACGCUCUUUAUGUGCUGCACCAUAUGCGGGAGUGUAAAGCCAUGAAUGAGAUUCGGAUCUACAUGACCAACUUAACUGUUGCAGACCUGCUGUUUGUGGCCGCUCUACCGUUCUGGAUUGACUACUACAAUAAUCACGGCCACUGGAGGAGCAAAGAAGCCCUCUGUCGUAUCACAGGCUCCCUUUUCUUCAUCAACACAUACUGCUCUAUUCUCUUCCUUGCUGUCAUCAGCAUUAACCGUUACUGGGCCGUUACCAGGCCGCUGGUAGCUGCUUCUUCUGACUGCUGGAAACGUGGAGCAAUCAUCUCAGCGCUCAUCUGGGUCAUCACUCUUGCAGCUUCAAUUACAUAUCUCACUAAUACGGGAAUCCAGAAGGACAAUAACAUUUCUCGCUGUUUUGAGGGUUAUCAAAAUGAGGAGGAAUCUAAAAUAAACACAGUGGCCGCCACCCACUUCAUCAUUAUUGCCUUGUUCUUUCUUGUUUUCUUGAUGGUGAUUGUCUGCAACAUUUUGAUUGCUCGAGCUCUUCUAAAGCAGCCCAUCAGUCAGCCUCGAGGCAGCACAGGAAAGCGUCCCGGUGGUACUAAGCGCAGAGCUUUGAGGAUGCUGUGUACUGUCAUAGGCGUCUUUGUGAUCUGUUUCCUCCCCCACCACGUGGUGCAGGGUCCCUGGGUGUUGUCUGUGCUGCACAUGAGGAAAGAAUGGAAAAACACAACUCACCAAAGAUUAAACGAUGCUCACCAGAUCACCCUCAUGCUUAUGGGGCUCAACUGCCUACUGGACCCGCUGGUGUAUUGCUUCGCCACUACAAUGUUCCGCAAGUACAUCCAGAACCAUUUCACAAAGGUCAAGCAAAGCAAAAACUGUUCACGCAACACAUUAAGCACAGCUAUGUCACUGAAGAGCAGACAUCAGAGUGAAAAAUCAGAAAACUGCUGAGAAAUAUUUGGUGUCUGCUUAUUUUAGCCAAUUGUAAUCUUAUAUACUGUAGCUUAGAAAACUGCUGAGAAAUAUUUAUUGUCUGCUUAUUUUAACCAAUUAUAAUCUUAUAUAGAUUUAGAUUCUGGUGGAAAUUAAUUUCAGUUCCAAAUUAGGUUCUGUUUGGAUUCUUAAAGGAAUAGUUCAUCUAAAAAUUAAAAUACUGUCAUCAUUUACUCAACCUCAUAUUGUUCCAAAGGUAUGACUUUUGUUUGUUUGUUUGUUUUAAAAAUUAUUAUAAAAAUGCCUUAAACAAACCAGUCAAAAUCUCUUCUUUUGUGUUCCACAGGAGUUACCGUGAGACUGGGCAAAUGAUGACAGAACUUUCAUUUUUAGGUAAACCAUCCCUUUAAAUGGAAAACAAAUUAUUGACAUGAUCUUCAGUUGCUGCCCCUGGCAGAUAAAUGAGAGAAUUCCAUCUCUUCAAAUUGUUCAAUGCAUAUGAUAAAUAGGGGUGUGACGGUUCGUAUAUAACCGUGAGACCGGCGGUUAUAGUUGAACACCGUCAUUAGAACUCUAUAACCGCCAAAACCGUGUCAUUAAAAUAUUUUUACAAACAUUUUUUAGAUAGGAUCAUAAGAUGCGCAAUAUAUCGGGAGACAUGGUUUUUACCACUUAAUGAAGUUUUGUAAAUCGUCAGACAUGAUAUUUACCACUUCAUAAAAUUUUGCUUUGUAGAAAACCUUUCUUAAAAACGAAUUUCGUUUUGUACAAAUUUUGUCUUAAUUUUAAUAAAUGUUUCAUCAACCAAUUGCGUGUAUUUUAAUAAAUAAAAAGCAAAUAUAGCAGACAAUGAUAACAGACAUGGAAGCACCAGCGCGCCGCGUUCACUUGCACUGCACUGUGAACUAGAGCGCAUCUCAUCAUAAAUGAAACUCAGCGUAGGCCUAUGCCUCAUACAUUAGCAUUAAAUAUCUUUGCUGCAUCCUUUCUAGAACAGACAAUGGCAUUUUUUUUGCGACUCGCAUCAGCAAAGCAUUGCAUGGCCAUAGACCGCAAAACAAUCAGCGGAUGGCGGGCGGGUGCGGCUUUGAAAUUUGCUAAAAAACGUUGGCUCGGAUGAUGAGUUUUGUGACCGAUCUCCUUAAUAAAUGGAGGUCUGAAAUCUCUGCCCCUUUACCGAUCAGAGCGCGCGCUGACACGGAGUUAACCCCCCCCCCCCCCCCCCCCCCCGACAGUUAUGUUAUGAACCGUCACAUUUGACUAACGUCAUAACCGUCAUCACCAAUUCUGAAACCGGCACACCCCUAAUGAUAAAUGCUUUAUAUGCUGAAAUAUUAAGCUUCUUCCACCUGAUAUUUGAUUCAUGUAUUGUCAUAUUGUCUUUUAAAGAAAAAAAUCACCAAAAAAGGAAUGUGCAUGAUGCCUUUAAAUGUUUGCACUUGUGUAAGUGAAAUAUCUAUAUUAGUUUGAAAAGCAUAUUAUCUGUAAAAGGGUUGUUAUUUUUGAUAAGAUGUGGUGUAAAUUCUUGUGUUAAACAAAUGAAAACAUGAUGUCAUAUCAGUAGACAGUCUUCUCUAGAAUAAGGAUGACAAAUGAGCCAAGAGGAUGCUGUGGUAGUUCUGACCAAACCAAGAGGUGAUAAGAACAGAAGACAGCUCAAUUGUUAUUUUAGACAAUGCAGAUGACAGAGUUACACUGUCUAUCUUAAAUAAGGGAGAGAUUCUGGUGCUGCUGAGGAGUUUGGAAUACCUGGAAUAUAAAUUGCUCUUCGUCAAAUGGUGGCUAGUUGAUUUCUGUCUCAUGUUAAUAUGACAACAAAUAUUUAUUGUACUUACUACGUUGGUUGUUUUGAAGUAGCUCUGUGAGGAGCAUUCCUGUGGGCCAGUUCUUAUGCCACAAAGGAAACCCAAGUAUUAUUUUGCACUGGUUUGAUUUCCAGAAUGGGGAACUUGAACCGCACACAUCCCCUGGAAAUGUGCACUUAAACUUUGAAAUUACCAAUAAACUGCCCUUUUCUUGAUCUCUUAUAUAUUUUUACAAGAUAUAUCUCUUUCUUUUUAUAUGUAAGGAUUUGCAAAUCCAGACUUUUAAGAAAAUAUGUGUUUAAAUUCUGAGUAAUAUCUUGCAUUUUUCUAUUGUUUAAUUAACAAGGUGUAUACAUGACCUUGGAAUUAUAAGGUUGUAUUUGACAUUUUUGUCAAAAUUUAGUUAUUCACAUAUUCUUAUUCAGGGACAACUUAUUUAUAUUAUGUGAUAGAUUUUAUAAUGUUCUGUACAUUUUGGGACUUUUUAUUUAAAUAAACAACAAAGUUGUAUCUAUACAGUCGAAUGGAAUGCAAAAACAUUGAAGCUCAAAACUACUCGGAAUGCAGAUAGAACCUUAUAAUUCCAAGGGGACGCUGUGUGUUUUAUGGUGGUCCUUUAGACAAUUAUUCAAUCAUCUUUAUUUCCUUGUUGCAUUAGCACAUUGUAAAAUAACAUAAUUCUUGUAUGACAGCUGCUUCUGCUGAAUCUUUCUCAGCAAUUAACUUCUGCAUUAAGCAGGAAAUUUUGCAAGAUGGUGUUAUACGGUACUUUUUGUUAAAGUUAUGAAAGUUAUCUUCUGUGGAAUGUAAAGGAGAUGUUAUGCAAAAGCUAGGGACUUGGGUUUUCAUCCAUUUAGUGGAAGUGAAUAGUGACUGAAUCAUCUCUUUCAAUGUAUGAAGUGCAUGAAGGAUAGAUGUAAUAGAAAAACUUCUGGUCUCACAUUCUAUCAACUGCAGAUGCUUUUAUAUGCUUAUAUUUCAAUAUAAAAACAAUGUAUACAUUUCAAAUGGUCAUUGAUGUUUGCUUGUGAAAUAAGGCUAUGUAUGUCAUUCAAAUUAAUCAGCACUGAAAAGGCAAACUAAUAAUAAAAAUAAUAACAAUAAUAAAAAAAA